CGAUCAGUCGUUCAGUCGUUCACUGAGUAUAGCAUUGACUCGCCUUUCGUUCAAUUGUUGUCAUUGUCUGACACUUGGACUCAAUGUGACCGACGAUGAAACGGGUCGUCAUUUUCAUCAAUGGAUCCCAAGUGGACGGCAAAGUGUUUCUGGUGACCCACUCGAUGGACGAGUUGCUCACCUCCUCGUCGGCGAAGUUUGGGAUUCAAUGCAAACGCCUCUUCACUAAAGAUGGCGGAGAAAUAGAUGACAUAAAACUGGUUAAAGACGACGACGUGCUCUACGUGUCUGACGGCCAGGCCUUCAUCAAAGCGGCCGAAGACACCAAUAAAGACCAGAAUAAAUCUCUUGUGAACAUCCACUCCGCGAACGAAUGGAUUCUUCUGAAUAUCGGCGGAAAGAUCUUCUCGACGACGAGGAGUACAUUAGUGGCCAAAGAGCCGAAUUCAAUGCUCGCGCGGAUG